UUGACACUUCCCGGGUAGAAGCGCAGCAUUUCCUUAAUGCGGACUUUGUCUGCAGUUUAAAAACUAUUUUUCGCUAUAGUCUCUGGUCUCUUCAUGUAGCAUAAAUGCCGAAACUUUCGCCCAAAGCUCCGGGUUUCGUUGCCGUCUGCGUUUAUUGCUAGGCGAUGGACGGGAAGCAGAUCCAGGUGAGCGACGAAGAGCCCAGAGUCCUGCGAGAAGAGAACCGGAGGAGGAGACGAAAGAAGGCCAUCACCUCGUCUUCCUCCAGCUCCAUGGAUCAGAUCGCUGUGGAGUUUGUCCUGCCCACCACGGCGCGGGGCGGAAACAGCCCCGACACUCUGCAGCUGGAGGUGGCUGGAAACUGGACGGUGGAGCAGGUGAAAGCUCAGGUGUGGCUGAAGGCGGUGACUUUGAACCUCUGUCCUGACUUCUACCAGCGGCUCUCACCCGACCACUGCAUCCUGCUCUACCAGAAGAAAGGCAACGUGUGUGAGAUCUACGACAAGCACCAGGUCUUUCAGACACUGGACUGCAUUCGCUACUGGAGAGCCCUGAAGAAAGAUGUAGGCCGGAUCCAGAUGGUUCCCCGUCCGCAGCCCUCGGACGAGUCCCUGCAGUACCAGCGCUACCUCAACUACCUGAUUGGCUACGACGUGACGGAUGUCAGCAACGUGCACGACGACGAGCUGGAGUUCACCCGCAGGAAGCUGCUGACGCCGCGGCGCAUCGAGCUGUCCGACCGUGACCCAAAGCUCUACUCCAUGGACCCCUGGGUGACCCGCAAGCCACUACCUGAGCACCUGCUUAGCAAGGUCGGCAACGGUAACAUCCUGGUAGUGAUCCACAUCGGCACGGCCAGCCAGACCAUCAAGGUCUCCAUCGAUGACCCACCAGCGCAGGUGUUGGCAAGUUUUUUCACAAAGACGGCCAAUAAGAGAGCUUUGUUGGGCAUUCCUGAAAACAUGUGUGAGGAAGACUUUGUGAUGCGUGUGUGUGGAAGGGAGGAGUACCUGUACGGGGAUAAACCGCUGCAGAACUUCAACUGGAUCCGUCAGUGUCUGAAGAACGGCGAGGAAAUCCACCUGGUUCUGGAGUCCCCACCUGAUCCCGAGCUGGAUCUGGUCCAGAAGGAGGACUGGGCACAAGUAGAUGACUGCACCGGAGUCGCGGGUACCCAUGAGCAGUUGACCAUUGAUGAGAAGGACCAUGAACGGGUAUUCACCAUCUCCAUGUGGGACUGUAAUAGGAAGUUCAGAGUGAAGGUGCUGGGUAUCGACAUCCCAUCCCUCCCCAAAAUCCCAGAGUUCAUUGUCUUCAUAGAGGCCAGCAUCUUCCACGGCCAGCAGCUUCUAGCCCAGGAGAGGACGUCCUCUAAAUCCUUCAAUGAAGAAGUGCUGUGGAACUGCUGGCUGGAGUUUAACAUUAAGAUCAAGGAUCUGCCUAAAGGAGCCCGCCUCAACCUCCAGGUGGUUUGUGGGAAGCAGCCCCAGACGCCAAACUCCAAGGGAGGCUCUACCUACCAGGAUAAUACAGCAGUAACAGGCAGCCAUGAUGGAAAGACCAAGAGCCGCCUUUUGUACUACGUCAACCUGCUGCUGAUCGACCACCGCUCCCUGCUCCGCCAGGGCGAGUUCAUACUCCACAUGUGGAAAAUGCCGGAGAAGAGCGAGGAGAGCAGCAGCAGCAUCAACGCCGACAAGCUAACCUCAGCCACCAACCCGGACAAGGCCUCCACCAUGGCCAUCGCCAUUUUACUGGACAAGUAUUGCUACCCCGUGGUGCUGCCCAAGAGUCGCGACGUGGGCCGGGACAUCGGGGCUGGGGGCGAGGAGGCCGAGGGUGGGGAGCGAGGUCAGAGAGAGAUGCCAAACCACCUAAAGAAGCAGUUUGCGGCUAUCGUGGCUACAGACCCCCUGCAUCCCCUCAGUCCUGAGGACAAAGAGCUUCUCUGGCACUUCAGGCAUGAGUGUAUGCGCGACCCCAGGGCCUACCCAAAGCUUCUGGGCUCAGUCAGGUGGGGGAAACAGGAAGAUGUUUUAGCAACACACCGUCUGUUGGAGCGCAGCAGUGCGUGGGACAGCAGUGGUCUGGACGUUGGUCUGGCCAUGCAGCUGCUGGACUGUCACUACUCAGACGCUCAGGUUCGCUCUAUGGCUGUCAGGAAAUUGGAGACUCUGGGAGAUGAUGAUGUGCUCAGGUACCUCCUGCAGCUUGUACAGGCGGUCAAGUUUGAGCCUUACCAUGACAGCGCCCUGGUCAGGUUCCUGCUGAAGAGAGCUCUGAGGAGUAAGCGUAUAGGUCAUUUUCUCUUCUGGUUCCUGCGCAGUGAGAUUGCCCAGUCCAUGCAUUACCAGCAGAGGUAUGCUGUCCUGCUGGAGGCCUACCUGAGAGGCUGUGGUGAGGACAUGCUGCAGGACUUCAGGAAACAGGUGGAGAUGACUGAGGCUCUGCAGAAAGUCACCCGUGACAUCAAGGCCAUGUCUGCUGAUAAGUAUGACGUCACUGCACAAGUGGUGUUUCAGUUGCGUCAAAAGCUGGAGGCUCUGCAGUUGUCCGGCCUACCCAAGAGUUUCCGAGUUCCUUAUGAUCCUGGACUCAGAGCUGGAGCCCUGGUGAUUGAGCAGUGUAAAGUGAUGGCGUCUAAGAAGAAGCCGCUGUGGCUGCAGUUUAAAAGGGCCGACCCCACCACUCUGUCCAAAGACCCCAUUGGCAUAAUCUUCAAAGACGGCGAUGACCUCAGACAGGACAUGCUCAUCCUGCAGAUCCUGCUGAUCAUGGAGUCGAUCUGGGAGACUGAAUCCCUGGACCUCUGUCUGUUACCAUACGGCUGCAUCUCCACCGGAAACAGAAUAGGUAUGAUUGAGAUUGUGAAGGACGCCACCACCAUCGCUAACAUCCAGCAGAGUGUUGUAGGAAGCACCGGAGCUUUUAAAGAUGAAAUCCUUUAUCAGUGGCUCCGGGACAAGUGUGUCAGUGAGGACAAGUUCCAGCAGGCUGUGGAGAGGUUCCUGUACUCCUGCGGUGGCUACUGUGUGGCUACCUACGUCCUGGGUAUUGGAGAUCGCCACAAUGACAACAUCAUGAUCACUGAAUCUGGGAAUCUCUUCCACAUCGACUUCGGCCACAUCCUGGGGAAUUAUAAGAGUUUCAUGGGAAUCAGUAAGGAGUGGGUUCCCUUCGUGCUCACACCAGACUUCCUGUACGUCAUGGGAACAUCAGGAAAGAAGAGCAGCCCCCACUUCCAGAAAUUCCAGGACGUGUGUGUGAAGGCUUACCUUGCCCUUCGGCACCACACCAACCUGCUCAUCAUCCUCUUCUCCAUGAUGCUGAUGACCGGCAUGCCCCAGCUGACUAGUAAGGAGGAUAUCGAGUACAUCCGCGAGGCACUAACUGUCGGCCGCAGCGAGGACGAGGCGCAGCGCCACCUGCUGGACCAGAUAGAGAUCUGCAGGGAGAAAGGCUGGAUGGUUCAGAUCAACUGGUUUGUUCAUCUGGUGCUGGGGAUCAAGCAGGGUGUGGAGAAACGGUCCACUUAGGACUCUGUAUAAAUUAUGAAAGAUUAAGAUUUCAAGUUUUCCACUUCAUAUUUCAGUUUUUUAGUCAAUGUAAAUAAGAGUCUUACAAGAGGGUUCCAACAGAAAAGUCUGGGUAGCUAUGAAAAUGAUUGCUUGAAAUUAUUUACAUUAUAUCUGCAAACACAGAUUUUGUAUUUUAUCUCAAAUAUAAAGAUGUUUUUAUGGAGAAUAAUGAGAGUGGAAGACUGGAACGCUAAAAGCAAAACUGCAUACGGUCUGCAGGAGUGACUGAAGAAGAAAAAAUGUGUAAGUGAAUACAAAUCAGGAGGAUUUUAACCUAUGUGUGCAGACUUGCACCAAGAUGCCAAAGUUCCCAAGUGCUAAAUGUUAUUAACCAUAGUCCGAAAAUCAGUCCGACAGGAGUGAGUGCUCUCAUUACACAGCUUAGACCAAGUCAAACAUCCACACCAAAGUCAUAUGUUUUUUUUCCUAAAUCAUCACUAGCUUGAGUCAGAAUUACCUUUAAUUUCUACACAUUUCAAGCUUUUGCUCUAUCUGACCCAAAACAGUAGAUUAUGGUUAAAUAAGGAACCAAACUCAAAAAAAGGAAAUGGAUCUUUACACCCUUUAUUUUCAUCCUUUUUACAAAGUCUAAGUCCUUCCUGUUUCUAGCUGUUUCAUUCAAAGUCAUUUCCUGCUGAGCAAACACAUUUCCUUCACAUUGUUUCAUUUUAAAACGUGGUACAUGUCACACUGGUUAUUGAAUUCUCACUGAAGUCGUGCAACACUGUCCUCCACUCCAAGAGGAGCUGUUAAAGGAUCAGCCUGUGAAAUAUUUUUUCAGUUUUUACUGAAUAAUAUGCAAGGAAUUAUUGAAUUAGUUGCAUCAUCUUGGUCAGAGAUAGAACAUAAUGUAUUACUAAUGAAGUGUUCAAGAGUUUAUUAUUUAUAUUAUUAACAAUCGUAUCAUUUGCACUGAUUGUUAGUGUCUCAGAUGUCUUGAAAAACUUUGUGAAAUUUUGAUUCCAAAAAUAUGUAUUAAAAUAAAAUUGAAUUAUGCUAAUUUAUAACUACAUGCUGUAUGUGGCUUUGGAACGCUACGGUGGCCUGUCGGUGACAUUUAGCACAUGCUGGUCAGUGCUGCAGUCGCCUCUUAUAGGAUAGCGGAACAUAUACAGGAUUUUGUCUGCUGCCUUAUGAUUUGGAAUAUUUAAAUUGCACCAUGUAAAAAGUAAGAUUAUUCUCUUUACAAUAACUGGAUUUUAAACUAUCUAUGUGAUCUUUUUAUCUCUUCAACGGUUUUUAUGCCAGGUCAUAUUUUCAAACAAAGUAAACACCCAUACAAGCCAGUUUGACUGACAGCCACAAGUUCAUAAUUUGCACAUCUCUCUCUCAAGUUUUUGUUGAAAUGAAUUCGGACAAGUGUACGAGACUGAGGCAAGAGACAUCGUAAACCUAAAGUCAUAAUGGAGUUUCAAGGAAUUGGCCACCACAGAUUGUGGAUUGUUUUGUUACAUUUUGAGUUACUUUCCAGUCGGCGAUAAAAACUUCAAUAUGCCUCAGCAGUUUGAAAAUCAGUAUUUUUUGGAUGUGAUGGAAAACCUUCAUUUCUUCUUUCAUAAAUAACAUUUUGUAAUAAAGCCUUUUGUGACUGUAAAUUGUAAAAACAUUCAAUCACUGAUUCUGCAAAUGGAAUAACUGGAACAGCUUUUCUAUGGAAUCAUAUCAGACAAUUAAAGUUAUGCACUAAAAA